AAGUUAUUUAAAAAUGAACUCUAUAUAUAUGCAAAAGACAUCUCAUAUAUUGACAUCCAAACAUUAACUAAAAAACGAAUUUUAAACCCUACUGAUCCUCAAGUUUCACCAUCAUCAUCCAAUAUAACACGAAAUAAACUUUUGUCAGCAUACCAAAGUAUCUGUGAAGAACCUGAAAAAAAUCUUAAAGACUUAACCUUAACAAACAUGACAAAUUCAGAUACAACAGACUCCCAACUCUCAGAUUCAUCACAAAAAAAUUCUCAACAAGCAAAACAUCCAUGA